AACACCUUCCCGAUGAAAAAACUUUUGAUGGGACCGCUCCGAAACAUAAAAUUUUCUACCAAUUAUCAUGACGGCAACGAUGACAGCACAAGAUCUGUAUACAUAUAUACGUGCAGAAGAGAAGCCAUCGGGGGUGGCCUUCCGACGCCGUAGAAUGUUCAUCCAACCGCCAGCGGGCCUGCCUUCGAGUUCUUGUGCAGGAGAAGAUUGGAUGUUUUGCGGGGAUACAAGGGAAGUGGAAGAUCUUUCGUGCAUUAGCUGGGGCGCCGUGGACGCGGCCACCUUCCGGGACCCUUCCUUUCAGUUAUCUUCUUACGGCACGCCGGCGUUCGACGAUGCUCAGGGAUCGUGCACCAUGGAUGGAGAUCAACAUACGGUUGCAAAGAAACUCAGCCACAACGCCAACGAGAGGUAUCGCCGGAAGAGGAUGAACUCCCUCUACUCUUCUCUCCGGUCGCUGCUGCCAAACGCCGACCAAACGAAAAAGCUAAGCGUCCCUGCAACGGUUUCCCGUGCACUUAAAUACAUACCUGAGCUGCAGAAACAAGUGGAGAGUCUGAUUCAGAAGAGAAGACAGAUCUUGGAGAGAAUAUCCAGGCAUGAAAACGGGAAAUCCGGUGAUAUGAACAAUAUCGAUCCUUUACUCCCGGUGGCACCCCUGAUAACGGCCACGCGAGUUCAUGAUAAUGAAUUGCUGGUUCAGGUGUCUACUUCAAGAAGACAGGGAUACCACCUAUCAGAACUUGUGAGGAACUUGGAAGAAGAAGGCCUCCAACUGCUGAAUGCAUCUACUUUUGGGUCUGGUGAAGGGAGAGUCUUCUAUAGCCUAUAUCUUAAGGUCAGAGUUCUGAUUCUGCUAGCUAUUAGUAUCCAUUUGACCGAGUGCUACUCCCGAAUACAUGAUUCAGGUUCCUGUUCUUGGUAGUACUGGGACCUGGGUUUUGAGGCCUCUUGUCUACAUCCUGUUCCAGAGCUGAACAUUUUCUUCCCCAAUCUUUUGGUACCUUAGACUAACUUCAUACCUGUGCAGCAAUCCACUGAGAUCGGUUUCCUGUACAUUUAUCAAAAAACACUGACCACCUUUAAUGGCUACUGAUUGUGCAGAUGGAAGACAAAUGCACAAAGAUGGAUAGUGAAGCAAUUCGACAGAAGCUAAUCCUUCUUUCUGGGACAAGGGGAGCAAAAUAGCUAAAGAUAAAAUUGUUGGAGAUUUUCAUGAGUGCAAGUGAGCCUGUCAUGAUGGUAGACUUCUCAGAAUGAUUCCAGCAGCUCAGCUUAUCUGAUACAUAUGGAUUAUAGCUGCUGUGUGUACUAGGAAGUGAUGUAGACCACAAGUGGGCACGCCCAUCCUUGUUGCAAGGAUCCUGUGCUAGAACUGAUGUAAACUUGAAGGAGAGAUCAGUUUGAGAGGUCUUCUGCGAAACAAGAAUCUAUUUGAUAAAAUCUUGCAGAACGAACUUUUGCCAGUUAAAGAUUCUAUAAAAGUGGUGAAUCCGUUCAUCAAAUUUACUUUUGAGUCCGGGGGUACGUUAACAUAGUAACUCCCAAAAAUGAAAUUUAAUGCAAUUAAC